CUUUAAGCGUGGAAGAUCCAGAAUUAGCUUGGAAACGCCUGCUCCAGCUCAUUACUAUCACACUCAUAACCAAGGAGAAAGAAGCGAGAUUCGCUUUUCUCAUUAUUCCAUCGUUUUCUUCGAUUCUUCUUAGUUCAAUGUCAUCUACAGCCCAUAAGUGAGGAUUUUUUAUGUGGGCUUGAGCUGAAAAAAACAAAAGAGAAAUCUUUCUUGCUUUAUUGAUAUCAUUCCUGCAUAUCGGUUUCCGCGAAACCCAUUUUCAUAUAUAUCCCCGCUCUUGAUGACACAUGAGAUUACGUUGCGCUGUUCUUGACUCACAAUAGUCUAUUGCAGUUUCGAAUUUAACCUCCUACUGGAGGAGGGAUCUAAAAAUUAGAGGAAUCUAUGUGUGCAAGUUGUGAAGCAUGCAUAGAUUCUUACUGUGGAGAUUCUCUAAGUGGUGUGAAGUUCGAGCAUAGUUCUCAGACAAACUUUUGAUUCUUGUCUGUGCUUCACGAAUUGGUUUUAUCGAUUCUUGGAAUACAUGAUUCCCUCGUUAUCUGCAGUACAAAGUUUAAGAGAUCAAGAAAGCGGGUGAGGCAGGUGUGAGGUUGCAUUGAAGCUCUGGAGUUUUCUGUUUAAGUGAGAAUGUCUGAAUCCAAGUCCGAUGAAAUGUCAGACAGUACAGAUGAGCUGAGGUCACUGGCUAUGACUCCGACAUGGUCGGUUGCUUCUGUAUUGACCAUAUUUGUUGUUGUCUCCCUGCUUCUGGAGCGCUCAAUUCACCGGUUGAGUAAGUGGUUGAAUAAAACUGGUAGAAAACCUCUGCAAGCAGCUAUCGAGAAAAUGAAAGAAGAAUUGAUGCUUCUUGGCUUCAUAUCCCUCCUCCUUACAGCAACUUCAAGCACUAUAUCUAAUAUUUGCAUACCAUCAAGGUUCUAUGAUAGUACAUUUACCCCAUGCACCAGGCAUGAAGUUGAUGACGAAAGGGAAAAUAAUAGCUCUGUGGAACGAAAACUUUUGAUGCCCUUCUUUAGUCCACAUUCAUAUAGGAGGAUGCUCACUGGUUUAAAUAAGAAUACCUGCCAAGAGAAUUAUGAACCGUUUUUGUCAUAUGAAGGCCUUGAGCAACUCCAUCGAUUCAUCUUUGUUAUGGCAGUUACUCAUGUAUCUUACAGCUGCUUAACAAUGUUGCUGGCUAUUGUAAAGAUUCACAGUUGGAGAGGGUGGGAGGAUGAGGCUCACAUGGACAGACAUAAUUCAUUAUGCGAAAUCACCAAAGCAUUGACAAUGCAAAGGCAAUCAACCUUUGUUAGACUCCAUGUUUCAAAUACCACAGACAGGAACAGAUUUCACAUUUGGAUGACUUGUUUCUUCCGACAAUUUGGGCAUUCAGUGGUCCGAGCAGAUUACCUUACACUCCGCCAAGGAUUCAUUAUGAACCACAACCUUACACCAAAAUAUGAUUUUCACAGCUAUAUGGUUCGCUCCAUGGAAGAAGAAUUUCAACGGAUUGUUGGUGUUAGUGCCCGGCUCUGGGGAUUUGUUGUUGCUUUUAUGCUGUUCAAUGUGAAAGGUACUAAUCUUUAUUUCUGGAUUUCACUGAUUCCUGUCACUCUUGUCCUACUUGUCGGCACAAAAUUGCAGCAUGUUAUAGCAACUCUGGCACUGGAGAGUGCUGGAAUAAGUGGGAAUUUUGCCAGACCUAAGUUUAAACUCCGAGACGAAUUGUUUUGGUUUAAAAAGCCAGAACUACUGUUGUCCUUGAUUCACUUUAUCCUUUUCCAGAACGCAUUUGAACUUGCUUCUUUCUUUUGGUUCUGGUGGCAGUUCGGAUAUAAUUCGUGCUUCAUAACGAACCAUUUCCUUGUGUAUCUACGGCUAAUUCUUGGGUUUGCUGGGCAAUUUUUAUGCAGCUACAGUACCUUGCCACUCUAUGCAUUGGUUACUCAGAUGGGAACGAACUACAAGGCUGCCAUAAUUCCACAGAGAAUACGAGAAACAAUCCAUGGUUGGGGAAAGGCGGCUAGGAGAAAGAGAAAGAUGGGUGGUUUUGCAGAUGAUUCAACAGUGCACACUGACACAAGCACAGUAAUAUCAGUCGAAGAAUAUGAUAACGACAUGCUAGAUAGUCCUCGAUUCCCCCCUCAAGCAGAGGCGGAAAUUGAGUUGCAACCACCACCUGUUGUCAGUAAUGGUCACCAAACAGUUCCUAACGAGACUUCAAGCCAAUUUGGUAUGCCUCUGCUUCGGUCCUCAGCUUCUAUUUCUUCCUCAGUUUCUCCAAGAAUUAUGCCAGAGAUGAUACAAAGGUCAUCCACAAUGCCACGAUAAGCGAACCUAGGCUGUGAAAGAUGAAUUUUAGUUUGCUGUUAAUACUUCUGCAGAUGGUAGUUGUAGUUAUCAUAACUCAGAUGAAAAACAAACAUUCAUACGAAGAUGUUUUACGAGGAAUCUUCAUAUCUUUUAAUUUAGUGUGAAUGAAUAGGUUACAGUUUUGCAGGCAUCGCACCUCAACUUGGCUUAUCCAUCUAAACUUAUGACCUUGUUAAGGUUCCCAACUUUAUUUGAGAAAUGAGUGU